AUGGACAGUACACUGAAUCGCGAUGUGGAAAAGCGUGCUGGCGCAACAGAGCCACCGCUCUUCGAUCAUGAGUCAGGGGCCGUCCCUGCAUCGAGUUUUGAGCACGGCAACUCUCUAUACGCGAAGCUUCAAAGGUUGGGAGGCAAGAUAAAGGUUGAACAAAGAGGCAUUGAGAGGGUCCCGGAAGAUGAGCGGACGGAUAACUCUUACUGGAAUAUUGGAUCAAUGUGGCUCGCUGCAAACAUGGUCGUCCCUUCAUUCACCAUCGGAGUGUUGGGUCAACCAUUGUUCAAUCUAGGCUUCAUUGAUUCAGCUUUGAUUAUUAUCUUCUUUAACUUUAUUUCGGUCCUCACGGUCUGUUUCUUUUCUACUUUCGGUGCCGCCUUUGGGUUACGACAAAUGGUUCUGUCUCGGUUUUGGUUUGGAUGGUGGGGUGUCAAGCUCAUUGCCUUGUUCAAUGUCCUAGCAUGCCUCGGAUGGGCCGCGGCAAAUAUUAUUGUAGGAGCACAGCUCAUCAAUGCCGUGAAUCCAGAAGUUCCAGGAUAUGCUGGGAUUCUGAUAAUCGCCUUUUGCACCCUUGCGGUUGUCUUUUUCGGCUACAGGGUAGUUCAUGCAUAUGAAUACUGGAGCUGGAUCCCAACAUUUAUCGUGUUUCUUGUCGUCCUGGGCGUUUUUGCCCACUCUGGAGACUUUGUCAAUAUUCCAAUGAGAAGUGGCAGCAUAGAGCUGGGUGCUGUACUAUCCUAUGGAUCUACAGUAUUCGGAUUUGGAACCGGCUAUACCAGCUUCGCGGCCGAUUAUACAGUCUAUCAGCCAAGCGAUCGACCUCGACGAAAGGUCUUCCUCGCUACCUGGCUAGGUAUUUUCCCGACACUACUUUUCACGGAGCUGUUGGGUGCCGCCCUUGUGACGGCCAUCACCUUGAAUGGAGGUGAUAAUCCUUAUAACGCAGGCUACCAAGACAAUGGGGUAGGCGGCUUGUUAGGCGCCCUGUUAUUUCCUCGGGUGGGGGGAUUUGGCAAAUUUUGUGUCAUAAUUUUGGCCUUGUCCAUUGUCGCGAACAAUUGUCCAAACAUCUAUUCAGUUUCUUUGACACUUAUGGUCAUGGGCCGCUGGACUCGCCAUGUCCCUCGCUUUGUCUGGACCAUAGUAGCAACGGCAAUCUAUAUUGCGAUUGCCAUCCCCGGAUACAGCCAAUUCGAAGCUGUUCUGGAGAACUUCAUGCAUUUCAUUGGAUACUGGCUCGCAAUCUAUGAGGGCAUUGCACUAACAGAACAUUUUGUAUUCCGACGCGGAUUUUCUGGUUACCAACCCGAGGACUAUGACAAUCGUGAUAAGCUGCCACCAGGAAUUGCCGCCCUUCUUGCAUUCUGUUGUGGAGUCGUGGGAAUGGUGACAGGGAUGAGUCAAUCAUGGUAUGUUGGGCCAAUCGCAAAAUCAGCUGGGUUAGCGCCAGCUGGGGGAGAUGUCGGAUUUGAGCUUGGGUUUGCUUUUGCUGCAUUCUCGUAUGCGAUACUAAGAUUUAUCGAGAAGGGAUUUUUCAAGCGAUAG